UUUUGGACUGAGAUAGAUUGGCACCAAAAAAAGUGACGGUUGGCAAAUUGACACGAAAAAAGGUAACGGUUGGUAAAUUGACACGAAAAAAUAUUCCGCCGCACGUUGCCUGGCGAAGGGCAGCAGCGGCGCAGCCUCAAGUUAAAAAAAAAAUAACCCCAGCUGCACCGCUGCAUCGCCGGGAAACCCAACGGUCGCGCUCCCUCAUCACCGCACUCGACACAGAGCGAGGGGAUGGCGCGCCUUGCGCGAGGUAGAAUCCGCUACGAGUGGUAUGAUGAGUGCAUGCAGGUUCUACUGCUUGCUGUGUUGUGCGCGCUAGCUGGAGAGGAGGACAUGUUCCUCGAGAUGGCCAUGUUUGGCCUAAUAGCAAAGCUGGAGACAUGUUUCCUCUCGACUCCCGAGAACUACACUCCGCGAACUACACUCCCCGAAUCCCAACCGCCGCCAGCGGCUUCGCGCUCCUAGUACGUGCGCCCAGAGCUACCGUCUCUUCCACCAACAACUGCUGUAACCUCUCCCUUCACGGGCGGGGCACCCGACUAGCUGCUGUUGUGAUUGUCUCCCGUGUGCUUCGAGUCCAGAGUCCAGACAGACCAACCUCGGCGUGUGUUGUUCUCGAUCCCGCGAUGAACGCACACGAUCCUAACCGCGGCUUGACGUUCCCCUAACGCGAUGUACUCCCGGGAGCGUUGUGCUCACGUGUGUGGGCGCGCGGGAAGCUGCGUGCGAGCUUGCCGACUGAGUUGAUGCCUUCGUGUGUGUGCGAUGGCGCUCGUGUCAAUUUGUCGUUUUCUCGUGUCAAAGUACCUCACGUGAAAAUAUUUUGACCACGUUUUCGAAAAAUUCUGACGUGUGAUUCUGACAUGAAAAAGUGCGGCGUAACCUCUCGUGUCAAAAUUCUGACGUCUCGUGUCAAAAUUCUGGUCUUGUGUCGAAAUUCGUGCUCGUGUCAAAAAUCCUGACACACGUGGGACCCAUGUAUUUAUUAUCAAGCCGCAUUUCCACUGUAGACUACUUGUAGUCAGCUGUUGCGGCACAGCAGCCGUCAGUUGUCAGUAGAUGGAGUCGUCACAUGUAGCCUCACCUACGGCGCUCCGGGAGGCAGCUUAUUUGGUAGUAGCACCGUUGCCGCCAGGGUAGAGGGUUCCUCAGCACUCGACCUGUCUAUGUGAUAAAUUCUGCGUCUAUAGACUAUCUAUUUUGGCCUCUGACGAAGUUGCUUCCUUGACAACUCCGGGGACAGUCAGAGACACGAUCAGCUCCGAUUCAGAGGGAAACCGAGAAUCGCCUGCCAUAUGGGUAAGAAAACUCUGUAGCGUGCAAAUCCUGGAACGCUUUUGCUACAAGCGUUGGGCUCGAGAAGGGGUAAGACUAACUGGGAUCUCCGCGCUCUCCUCACUUGUCAUCUUCUUGGCCAUAUUGUAGACGCUACUUGCAUGCAAGACGCUUGGUUUGCGUUCUACAACACCUUGUCGAUUUUCAACACAUCGUCCAUGACGGGAGAAAAGGUGACGCAAACGUGUGUGGGUGUGUUUUUUUUAUUAGCAUCGACCGCGCUAUCCGGCUGACCAAUUAGAAGACGUCAGUGCCAGCGGGUAAAAAUCAAGGUCCCUGAAGGGGGCCAAAAUUCGAAAAAUGCGCAAUGCGCUUGAUGCGAAUGCCAAUAAGACUGUCUCAUGUUCUUGCACGUAGAGACACAUCUCAGCUACACAAAUGCCCUCGCUCGAGUCUAGGAAGCCACUGAUGCAAAGAGCGGAGGACAGCAAAAGGGUUAUUUCAAGCCCAGCCGAAGCCAGGAUAUCGAUAUCGUGGUAUGCUGCAUCUCCCAAUUUGAUAAUCGUCCACUCCCAAGAUCUAACAGUCAUCGUGUCCGCAGCUAGAUGACUCAAACAAAAUAGCAUCACAU